UCGUGCAGUUUUCAAACCCAUACAGAAGGCAUACAUAAAAUCCAUGAAAAGUAUUGGGGUCAAGCACUUUGAAUGGCCAAGUAGCAAGAUAUUUCCAUUGAUAGAACGAAUUGUUGCUGCCUAUAAAAAGCUUCUCCGUUGCACUCUCCCACGAAAACUCACUUCAGUAACCAAAAGAACAAAACACAAAAGCAGAAAAAUAUGGCAGCCUUAUCAUUAUAUCUGCUGCUUACUUGGAUGUUCCUACUCUCUCUCUUUCGUACUAGGCUUGCUGAGGUAUCAUGUCAUGCGGAUGAGAGCUCUGCCUUAAUGAAAUUCAAGAGAAGUUUCAAAACCAACACGACAGAUUGGCGAUGCGUUUAUCCAAAGGUCCACUCUUGGUCUCUGGAUGGAAGUGGAGAUUGUUGUUCGUGGGACGGCAUCGAAUGUGAUGAGGUCACCGGCCGAGUGAUUGCCCUCAAUCUCAGUAAGAGUUGUCUCUUGGGCACCAUGAGUCCCAACACCACUCUCUUUCAACUCGUUCACGUGGAGUCGCUCAAUCUUGCUUACAACAGCUUCGACUUCUCCCCAAUCUCAUACGGCUUCAGCAAUCUUUCGAGGUUACAAUGCCUUAAUCUCUCCCACUCAGAUUUUUCCGGUGAAAUCCCUCACGAUAUCUCGCAGCUAUCCCGGUUAGUUUCUCUCGAUUUGUCCAGUCCUUGGGGCCCGACACUUCAUUUGCCCAACAUGGGCGACCUUGUUCAUAAUUCGACUGGGCUAAAAGAAAUCGAUCUUUCUUUUGUAAGCUUGUCAUCACCUGUCCCUCAUGUGCUAGCGAAUUUCUCUUCCUUGACAUCGCUUUGGCUUGGAUAUUGUGGAUUGAAUGGAGACUUUCCGGUCAACAUUUUUCAGCUGCCAAACUUGGAAGUCCUAGACAUUGGUGGCAAUUCCAACCUUUCUGGUUUUCUUCCCAAAUCGCAUUGGGGUUCUCCAUUGAAAUCCUUAUACCUUUACUAUACCAACUUCUCGAGAGAAAUACCCGCUUCGAUCGAAAAUCUUAGUCUCUUGAAUGAGUUAAUCGCCUGGAAUUGCCAUUUCUCAGGAUCGCUUCCCUCUUCAUUGGGUAAUCUUUCUCAUCUCACUAGACUACUCCUUGACGGAAAUAACUUGCAAGGUCAAAUCCCUGUUUCCAUUGCUGAUCUUACCAAGCUAUCGAUGCUAAGGCUCUCUUACAAUAACUUGAGUGGAGAUACUUUGGAGUGGGUGGUCAACUUGACAAAACUUACCUUCUUGGACAUUUCAGAUAAUCGGCUAAGCGGUGGACUUCCAUCUUCAUUUGAGAACCUGAAGCAAUUGGCUUUGCUCGUCCUUUCUCACAACGACUUGGGCGGUGAUAUUUCGAGCACAUUGUGGAAUCUAGAAGAUCUUGAAUGGCUUUACCUGGGGCCACUUAAUCUCAACGGCGUUCUCGAUGGAUAUGAUAUAUUCAAACUCAAGAACUUGAGAGGCUUAUAUUUGUCCUACAGCAAUAUAUCGUUCACCAAGUCAUUCAGCAACGCCACUACAUCGAAGCUUGCCUACUUAUACUUGGAUUCGUGCAACUUGACCGAGUUCCCACAGUUUAUAGGCUACUUAAGCGAAUUGGUGCUGUUAAACCUACAACACAACAGAAUCCGGAGGACCAUUCCUAGAUGGAUGUGGAACAAUAGCAAAGAAUCUCUCGAGUAUAUAGAUCUUUCUCACAAUCUUUUAACCGGCUUCGAAAACAACCAGACCGAUCUUCCUUUACCGAACUUGAAGUAUCUUGACAUGAGUUCUAACUUGCUAGAAACAACCCUCCCUAUCUCACCACCCUUGGUCGUGCUAUACAACAUCCCCAACAAUUUCCUAUCUGGGGAAGUUCCAACGUCCAUUUGUGAAGUGAGCUCUCUUGUUGUGCUUGAUUGGUCCAACAAUGCUCUAAAUGGCACACUUCCUCCUUGUUUGGGUAGUAUUGAUCCUUUGACUAUAUUGAAUCUAGCGAGAAAUAAAUUUGAGGGCAUGAUUCCUUACAUUUACCCAUAUGGUUGUUCAUUAAGGAUGAUCGACCUAAGAGAAAACCGACUAAGAGGUAUUGUUCCGAGAUCUUUAGGCAAUUGCGGAAUGCUGGAGUUUUUGAGAGGAGGUCAACUAGGCUUUAACCAGGGAAGUAACUCUUGA